AUGCCCGUUCCCAUCUACACUUCAAACGGUCCGCCAGGCUUUUCCGGCCCUCCCUCCUUCAAUCCCCAAAUCGCCCCUGCGCCUGGCCGUGCUCCUAACACUCUGAACCCCCACCUCCACCCAGCUCCUCACGGCUUCCCUCCAGAAAUGGGGUCCCCCACCCCCCUACAAACCCCCUUCCCCACCCAGUCCCACGAUUAUCGCGCACCAAUGUACUCCUCUCAUUAUCCGAGCCCGUACCGCCACCCAGAUCCUUUCAACCCCACCCUAGCCCGGCAGCAGCAGCUUCGACCUGAACCUGCGCACCAGCAGCCACAAGCGCAGCCGCAGCUGCAGCCGCUUGAGGGGUAUGGGCCCCCGCUGUCUGGGCUAGGCCCUAGGUCGUCGAGGGCGGCAGAGAUUGGUCGGAAUCUGGGGUGGCCGAUUCAGGGGAGUCCGGGUGGAGCAUGGGGGUUCAGGUGA